AUGUGUGGUAUAUUUGGAUACGUUAAUUUCUUAGUUGACAAAAACAGAGGUGAAAUUGUUGAUACUCUUAUUGAAGGGUUACAAAGAUUGGAAUAUAGAGGUUAUGAUUCUGCUGGUUUGGCUGUUGAUGGAAAAUUAGUUAAGGAUGGUGAAAAUGGCGAAAUCAUGACCAAUAUUAUUGUUAAAUGUCCAGGAAAAGUUAAAGUCCUUAAACAAAAAGUUCAUGAUGACAACAUUGAUAGAACUGAUGUGUUUGAUAACCAUGCAGGAAUUGCUCAUACUAGAUGGGCCACUCAUGGUCAACCAAAGGAGGAAAAUUGCCAUCCUCAUAGAUCAGAUGCUGCUAAAGGUGAAUUUAUUGUUGUUCAUAAUGGUAUCAUUACCAAUUUUGCUGCAUUGAGAGAAUAUUUGUUGUCAAAGGGACAUCAAUUUGAAAGUGAAACUGAUACUGAAUGUAUUGCCAAAUUAUUUAAACAUUUUUAUGAUUUAAACUUGAAAGCUGGUGUUUCCCCUGAUUUCAAUGAAUUGACUAAACAAGUGUUGCAUGAAUUGGAAGGUUCUUAUGGUUUAUUGGUUAAAUCGUUCCAUUAUCCUGGUGAAGUUUGUGGUACUAGAAAAGGUUCACCAUUGUUGGUUGGUGUUAAAACUGAUCGUAAAUUGAAAGUUGAUUUUGUUGAUGUUGAAUUUGAAAACAAUGCUUCAGGUGCUGUUGCUCAACAACAAAUUGGUCAAACUUUAUCCUCCAUGAACGGACCAAAUGGUGCAACUGCUCAGGAUUUGGGCUUUAUUCCAGUUGCUCCUGGUGACCAAAAUUUGAGAACUUCACAAUCAAGAGCAUUUCUUUCUGAAGAUGAUUUACCAACCCCGGUUGAAUUUUUUUUGAGUUCAGAUCCGGCUUCAGUUGUUCAACACACUAAAAAAGUCUUAUUUUUAGAAGAUGAUGAUAUUGCUCAUAUUUAUGACGGUGAAUUACAUAUUCAUAGAGCUUCUACAAAGAGUGCUGGUGAAUCUACAGUUAGACCUAUUCAAACUUUGGAAAUGGAAUUGAAUGAAAUUAUGAAAGGUCCAUUUAAGCAUUUUAUGCAAAAGGAAAUUUUUGAACAACCUGAUUCGACUUUUAAUACCAUGAGAGGUAGAAUUGAUUUUGAGAAAAAUACAGUGACUUUGGGUGGUUUGAAAGCAUGGUUACCCACGAUUAGAAGAUGUAGAAGAAUCCUAAUGAUUGCUUGUGGUACUUCAUAUCAUUCAUGUUUAGCAACAAGGUCGAUUUUUGAAGAAUUGACCGAAAUUCCCGUUAGUGUUGAAUUAGCUAGUGAUUUCCUUGAUAGAAGAUCACCAGUUUUCCGUGAUGAUACUUGUGUUUUUGUUUCUCAAUCUGGUGAAACUGCUGAUUCUAUAUUGGCAUUACAAUACUGUUUAGAAAGAGGGGCUUUAACUGUUGGUAUUGUCAAUUCUGUUGGUUCUUCGAUGUCUAGACAAACCCAUUGCGGUGUUCAUAUCAAUGCAGGACCUGAAAUUGGUGUUGCUUCAACAAAGGCUUAUACUUCACAAUAUAUUGCCCUUGUUAUGUUUGCCCUUUCAUUAUCCAAUGAUUCAAUUUCAAGAGCAAGUAGACACGAAGAAAUCAUACAAGGGUUACAAAAGAUACCAGAACAAAUUAAACAAGUUUUGAAGUUGGAAGAUAAGAUUAAGAAAUUAUGUAAUGAUGAUUUAAAUGACCAAAAAUCAUUGUUGUUAUUAGGUAGAGGAUAUCAAUUUGCUACUGCAUUGGAGGGAGCUUUAAAAAUUAAAGAAAUUUCAUAUAUGCAUUCAGAAGGUGUAUUGGCUGGUGAAUUAAAACAUGGUGUAUUGGCAUUGGUUGAUGACAAAUUGCCUAUAAUUGCAUUUGCCACACGUGAUUCACUUUUCCCAAAAACAAUGUCAGCAAUUGAACAAGUUACUGCUAGAGAUGGUAGACCAAUUGUUGUUUGUAAUGAAGGUGAUGCUAUUAUAUCGAAUGAUAAAGUUCAUACUACUUUGGAAGUACCACAAACUGUUGAUUGUUUACAAGGAUUAUUGAAUGUUAUUCCUGUACAAUUGAUUAGUUAUUGGUUGGCGGUCAAUCGGGGUAUUGAUGUCGAUUUCCCUCGUAAUUUGGCCAAAUCAGUCACUGUUGAAUAG